AUGAUGAUGGACCUUUUCGAAACGGGUUCCUAUUUCUUCUACUUGGAUGGAGAAAAUGGAGCUCUGCAGCAGCUGGAGAUGGCAGAGGGCUCGCCCUUGUACCCGGGGAGCGAUGGGCCCCUGUCCCCUUGCCAGGACCAAAUGCCCCCCGAGGUCGGGAGCGAUAGCGGGGGAGAGGAGCACGUCCUGGCCCCUCCUGGCCUGCAGACCCCUCACUGCCCUGGCCAGUGUCUGAUCUGGGCUUGCAAGACGUGCAAGAGGAAGUCUGCCCCCACGGACCGACGCAAAGCGGCCACCUUGCGUGAGCGGAGGAGGCUGAAGAAGAUCAACGAGGCCUUCGAGGCCCUGAAGCGACGGACCGUGGCGAACCCCAACCAGAGGCUUCCCAAGGUGGAGAUCCUCAGGAGCGCCAUCAACUACAUCGAGCGGCUGCAGGACCUGCUCCACCGGCUCGAUCAGCAGGAAAAGAUGCAGGAGGCCGGGGGAGAUCCCUUCAACUGCAGCCCCAAGCUCGGAAACCUCUCUGGCUCUGAUUUCCUGAGUACCUGCAACUCUGAUUGGCAAAAUGCUUCGGAUCAUUCCAGAGUACUAGCAGUCAGGCCCAAGGAAGGAGGCUCUGUGGUUGAAUCCUCGGGCUCCAGCAGCCUCCGCUGCCUCUCUUCGAUAGUGGACAGUAUUUCCUCUGAAGACCCUAAGUUACCUAGCAUGGAGGAUGUGGUGGAGAAGUAA